CAUUCGCUUCCGAAGACGGCGAUCCGCCGUCCGCGGGAGAAAGGUCCAAAGUGAAAUAAGACGGCGAAUCGCCGUCCUCCGCAAAACAGUUUGUUUCCAAAAUAUAUUGAUAGAUGGCGACACUUUACAGGCUGUAGGUGUUUUGAUUAGUACUUUUGACACCAGAUGGUACCACGUACGUGAUUAUUUUAUGAAUAUUUAGAAGUGCAAAGGAAGAAGUUCGCGGUUCUUUUUCUUUGUAUGAAAACAUGGCGUCGCGGAAGAGGAGGUGUCUCACCAGCGAGGAAAUUCUUGAGCUGGUGUUUGAAAGUGAUGAGGAUGACGACUGCGACGACCCGGAAUUCACCAUGGACAUCCAAAGCAGUGAUUCGGACAGUGACAACGAUGCUGAGGCUUCGGACUCAGAAGAACCACUUGAUUCUUCGGUGCCCGUCGCGCCACCACCAUCCAAAGCUCCAAGGCUCGACGCCUGGCAAUGGGAGGACGACGACAGUGCCGACAAAGUCGCAAAGAUCCCUUUCGCCGGAACACCAGGUGUAAAGAGAACUGUUCAGAUAGCCGUAGGCGACAGUCCUACAGCCCUCUCAAUGUUCAAUGCUUUGAUAGGCGAAGACUUUUGGCAGAUGCUUGCACGUUACACGAAUGCCUACGCACUUGAGAAGCAGGCCUCCUCUCCGGACCCUUCAUGGUUUCCCACAACUCCAGGUGAGAUGAAGGCGUACUUUGCCCUUUGUAUUCUCAUGAGCCAAGUGAAAAAAAGCAGCAUUCAAGCCUACUGGUCUCAGAGAAGCGUGAUUAGCACGCCCUUCUUCGCGUCCGUGAUGCCCAGGCAGCGGUUUUGGGCGCUCUCACGAUACCUUCACCUGUGCGACAACAGCCUGCCAGUUGAUGAAGACAAACUUCGAAAGCUGCGUCCAGUCCUGGACUAUGUUUUGAAGGUGUUUGGCGAGUCGUAUUCGCCAGGAGAGGGACUGGCGGUAGACGAGAGCCUCAUGAAGUUUCGUGGUCGUCUAUCCUACAUUCAGUUCAAUCCGUCAAAGCGCGCGCGCUUUGGAAUCAAAUUUUACAAGCUGUGCGAGUCGUCAAGCGGAUACUGCCUGAACUUUUCUAUUUACACCGGCAAAAGUGAGAGGACCCCAGCAACAGCUGGAAUGCUAUGCAGUGAGGCUGUUGUAAUCGACCUUGUGGGAGACCGUCUUGGGAAUGGUCACACCAUCUAUACAGACAACUGGUACUCGUCCCCGCUACUCUUUCUCCACAUCAAGGAAGCGGGGUCUAACGCUGUCGGGACAGUUCGCGUGCAUCGAAAGAACAUGCCGCAAGAGCUGAAAAAAAUCAAGCUUCAAAAGGGUGACUGUCGCAGCCUCUUUUCCCGUGGACUGAUGGCUGUAACAUGGCAGGACAAGAAGCCCGUAACCUUGCUUUCAACCUCCCAUGACGCAACAAACCUGACAGACACAGGAAAACAGAGAAAAGACAACCAGCCAAUCCUCAAACCCCAGGUUGUGCUUGAUUACAACAGAGGUAUGGGAGGCGUCGACCGUGAGGAUCAGCAGCUGGCUUCGUUUCCCAUUAUGCGGAGAUAUGCCAAGGGGUACAAGAAGAUCUUCUUCUACGUCAUGGAUAUAGCUGUCUACAACAGCUAUAUACUUUGUGGAAAGACCACAGGCAAGAGGUCUAGCUACACGGACUGGAAAGUCGACCUCGCCGAGCAGAUCGUGGAGGAGACGGUGUUGCCCGGGUACAAGCGACGGGGAAAGCCAUCCGUAAGUGCCUCGCCGAUGAGCCUAGAGGGAUGCGAAUGGGCGCAUUUCCCUCGCCAGAUCCCAGCCAACGCUACGAAACCAAACCCAUCUAGGCGGUGCCACGUCUGCAAGGUCCAGGGCAAAAGAAGUGAGAGCCGCUGGGAGUGCGAAAAAUGUGAAGUCGCACUUCACAUGCCCGUGUGCUUUAAGCUAUUUCACACUCGAAAGUCUUUUUAAGUGCAUUCCGUUUGCCUGUGAUGCAGGAUUGAAAUAAAACAAAAGUUAUCCUCCUGUGACGUUUUGUGCGUAAGUUAUUAAACUUUUUCCUCGGCGCCGCAGAAAGCACGGGUACAGUGAAAA